GUCGCCAUCUAGCCAUAAGCGAUCCGCCGGGUGAGAUUUGACCCACAUCCCCGACAACGUCGCAGAUGAACGCUUUCAUCUUCAGAAAUCUGUCUAGACCAGCCGGAAGGCUAGACAUCACGAUCUUCUCACGAGCCACGAGAUCGCUCAAGACGAUGACAAUACCUCCGAGACCUCGGCGGUUUGCGCCUUUGGACCCCGCGAAGAGGAGGGAAAAUGAUAAUAGGCCAGUGCUGCAAGGUAUCGUGUUUGACGUCGAUGGGACAUUAUGCUUGCCGCAGAACUACAUGUUUGCGGAAAUGCGGGCGGCAUUGGGAAUCGAGAAGCCAACGGAUAUUCUAGAUCACAUUAGCUCUUUACCGAAGGCAGAGCAAGAGGAAGCACAAGAGAAGAUUUGCGAUAUUGAACUCACAGCAAUGGAAUCGCAACAAGCACAGCCUGGUUUGGUCGAGCUGAUGGACUACCUCGACUCACGUGGCAUCAGAAAAGCCAUCUGCACACGCAACUUUGACGCGCCUGUUGCCAAUCUUCUCAACAGAUUUCUACCCGUCUCAAAGUUCGGUCCCAUCGUGACGCGAAAAUUCAAGCCGCCGAAGCCAGACCCAGCGGGCAUUCUGCAUAUCGCAAAGGCCUGGAACCACGAGGAUGGAAAUGAGUUGAUCAUGGUUGGCGACUCGAUCGACGACAUGAUGGCUGGGUAUCGCGCAGGAGCCGCGACGGUCCUGCUUGCCAACAGCGAGAACCAGGAUCUUGUGCAACACAAGUACACGGAUUUUGUUAUAGAGUCGCUCGAUGAACUCAUUCAGGUUUUGGACAAUGGGUUCGAAGGGAGUAGCGAUGCAGGGGAAAAGUAGACAAGGUCACGUGGAGAGGAGAAAUCAUGUUGUGUAAUGUAAUCGUUUGGGUUUUCAGGCUUCUGGUGCUGCAAGGAGGUACCGUCACCAAAGCAACCGUGCCUGCAACCUUGACAUAUGCAGGUACGAGAUGGCUGUACACCUCGCCUUUGCUAUUGUGACUCAAAUCCGGUUAGGCUGCUGGCCUCAUCCACAAGGCGAGGCACAAGCGCGCCAAAUCCCCGCAUAGCUGAGCCCCUCCACAGCGAUCAAAACAUCCUUACCCUUCAGCUUACCA